GUGGCACUGGGACCAGUUCUCUUCUAGGUUCUCCCCUCUCCUGAGCUUCCUGCUGGGAAUAGGCGUGGAUCUUUGGGAACACCUGACUGCCACUGUGGUUCUGCCUCCUGGAGAGGAACCACAGAGCCCUGUGUGGGGCUGAGGGCACACAGGGGGACCCAAGGGACAGCAGUGUGGCUGCUGGGGACCAGCUCUGGGGCAACCCUGUACCUGCAGAGUUUCACUUCUUCCCCUCCCGAGGCGUCUGCAGAGCGAGAGGCAGAGUUAGGCGGGGAAAAUGAAGAAGAGAGAAGUCUCAGCAGACCUGGAGCUCUCUGAAAAGGAGAAGGAAGAAAGGGCUAAAGUGGAGAUCAGGCACCUGCAGACCCAUUUCCAUCAUGAGGUGCACAAGAGGAAAUUCUACGAUGACGAUAUCUGGCGGCAAAUGAAGGCUCAGGAAAAAGCAAUAGAUGAUCUGAAGCAAGAACACAGACAUGUGACAUUAAUGCUGAGGCAGAUCUAUUCCCCCAGUAAUGUGAUUGUGGAAAACAGAAAUCGUAUGAAGAUCCAAAACCUUUUGCAGAUCAGAAUGUACAAUGACGCCCUGAUCAGAGAAAGAAAAGCUGUGUUAGCUGACCUGUCCAAGCAGGUCGUAGAGCUGGAAAAAAAGAUAGUGAAGCAAAGAGACACAACCUGGAGGGUGUGGGAAGCAAAGAGUCACAAACAGCUGCAGAAGAAGAUUGAAUUACUGGAGAUGCAUCUAAAUCAUGUCACUGUUCGGUACAACACCAUCAUGACCCGAAACAACCAGCUCCGAGAGGAGACUGUGAGCAUGCAAAUCCAGAAAGCCAUUUAUGACAACUCCUACUGGAAGCUGGAAGAAAGGCUGGCUCAGCAGAACAGCCUGCUGAACGCUGCUAUCGAGCAAGCCACGGAAGACUACGAGCAGUGGAUGGAGGAUCUGGGGCGGAUCUCAGAUAUUCGGGGUGUGCGCUACAGAGAAACCAUCCAGUACAACAUCAGGCUGCUGGAGAGGAAGUGUGUCCUUCACCAGGAGACCAGGCUGAAGAACUUUUUCCUGGCCAAAUGUACAGAUCUCUCUGCAUUGAAGGAAGAGGCCAGAAAGAGAGAAGCCUUUGAGGCAGCUGAGAGGGCCAAAAGGAGCCAAAAGGAGAGCUAUGAGGUGGCCUACAAGCGUCUGCUGGAGCUGUCGGAUGGAGACAUCGACAAUUUCUUGGAGGACUUUCUUGAGAAGGACAGGAGAUUCUUCAUCCUCUUCAGCUAUGCCAUUAGGCUGAACGUCAGGAAUGAGGGGCUCAGGCAGAGGAUCCAGGAGAUCCAGGAUGACAUGAUGUCCAUCACCACAGAGAGGGAGCAAGUGGAGACAACCCGGAGUGACACCCUGCAGCAGCUGGAGGCAAAAAUAACAGAGACCGCUGAGGAAGCCAACAUGUAUGAGAACAAAUGCAAGGAGAGCAGCAGCCUCCUGGGACAGCUCCAAUCUCGUGUGGAGACCCUCCUGAAGGACAUGGACUGUGACACCUCAGUGAUAGUGAAGCCUCUUGGGGAGAGCUUGAUGCCAAUUUUUGGCCCCGUGGAGAACAAGGUGAAGGAGCUGCUGAUGAGGGAGUGCGUGCUGCGCUACACCUCCGUGGAUCGCACCCUGCGCUCCCAGGCCUUCAGCAGCCCCCUGCAGGGAACCUCCAACCUGCUCUGGGUCAUGGACAGGGCCAAGCUCUGCCCGGCCCCCCCGGACCUGGAGACCACCGACCCCAAAACCGAGGAAGAGCCGCUGGACUGGGUUCAGCUGCGUCAGCUCGUUCUCCAGAGGCAGCAGGAGGUGCAGGAAAGGCCCCCCAGCCCCAGCAAGAGGAGGAGGAGACCGGGAUCGAAGAGCCCACCACAGACAGGGACGAAUUAA